AUGGAUUCGAAUAAGAGAAGCAUGAGCAUCUCGCAGACGGCAGCGGGCAGGAAGGCGUCGGUCGCGAGUGCGAGUAAAGAUCCCAACGCCGAUGCGGCGCUCGCCAAGAUGGGGUAUGCGAGCGAACUGCCCAGGAAUCUGAGUAUGUUCAGUGUUUUGGGACUCUCCUUCGCUAUCAUGGCCGUGCCGUUCGGUCUUUCCACCACUAUGUACAUCACCCUCACCGACGGGCAAUCCGUAACCGUCCUCUGGGGGUGGGUUCUCGUCUCGCUCAUCUCGUUGUGCAUCGCCGCCUCGCUCGCCGAGAUUUGCGCUGUUUACCCCACGGCCGGCGGCGUGUACUACUGGUCUGCCAUGCUGUCGACGCGCGAAUGGGCGCCCAUCACGUCGUGGGUGACUGGCUGGCUGACGCUCGUGGGCAACUGGACCGUCACUCUUUCGAUCAAUUUCUCGGGUGCUCAGCUCAUCUUGAGUGCGAUUACGCUCUGGAACGUGGACUUUGUGCCCAAUCAGUGGCAGACGGUGCUUAUGUUCUGGGCUGUCAUGAUUAUAUGUAUGCUUGUGAACAUCUUUGGGGCCAAGUACCUCGACUUGAUCAACAAGAUCUGCAUCUACUGGACCGGGAGCAGUGUCAUCAUCAUUAUGAUCACGCUUCUGACAAUGGCGGACGUUAAGAGAGAUGCCGAUUUCGUUUUUACACAUUAUGACGCAAGCGCGAGUGGAUGGCCGAGUGGAUGGGCGUUCUUCGUCGGGCUGCUGCAGGGCGCGUAUGUGCUGACAGGAUACGGCAUGGUAGCAGCCAUGUGCGAGGAAGUGCAGUUCCCCGAACGCGAGGUCCCCAAGGCCAUCGUCCUCUCGGUGGCCGCCGCUGGUGUGACCGGUGUCAUCUACCUGAUUCCGAUCCUCUUCGUGCUACCUGACGUGCAGCUUUUGCUUGAAGUCGCGAACGGGCAGCCUAUUGGUCUUCUUUUCAAGACGGUGACUGGCUCCGCUGCGGGAGGCUUUGGACUUCUGUUCUUGAUCCUGGGCAUCCUGUUCUUUGCUGGAAUCGGUGCGCUGACCGCAGCGUCGCGAUGCACCUACGCUUUUGCCCGUGAUGACGCGAUCCCCGGGUCCAAGAUCUGGAAAAAGGUGUCGCAGAAGUACGACGUCCCGCUGAUGGCGCUUGUUCUUUCGACUGCCGUCGAUUGCCUCCUGGGAUUGAUCUACUUUGGUUCCUCGGCUGCAUUCAACUCUUUUACUGGAGUUGCCACGAUUUGUCUCUCGGCUAGCUACGGCAUGCCCAUCCUGAUUUCGGUCAUCCGCGGUCGUCAGGCGGUCAAGAACUCCUCGUACUCGCUCGGCCGCUUUGGAUAUGCAAUCAACGUCGCUAUGAUUGUCUGGAUCUGUCUGUCGGUAGUGCUGUUCUGUAUGCCUGUCAGCUUGCCUGUGGAGCCGGCCACAAUGAACUACGCGAGCGUGGUCUUUGCAGGCUUUGCGUUGAUCAGUCUUCUCUGGUAUGUCAUUAAUGGCAGGAAGAACUUCACGGGCCCUCCCGUGCCGCAGGAUGUUGCACCUGGUGAAGAGGUAGCGGUUGCUGGAUUGGCGGUGACGGACAGCCAGUAUGAAAGAAAUGGCGAUGUGGAGGCCAAGGGCGAUAAGAUAUAA